GGGAGAAAAGCCAGAGCGAAGCUGAGAGUCGUUAACACCAAAAACUUGAGAGAAAAAAAGAGAGUGUUGUUUUAACUAAGCACUUUGAGUGAUUCUGGUUUUUGUUCUUUAAAAAUCUUUCCCCCCUUUUUUUCUCUUACACCCCGCUUCUCUGAAUCCCUUUCUGUUAAUCAUCUGUCUUUGAAAAAAAUCUGAUUUUUGGGUUGAUUUUUGGUACUUAAAAAAUUGUUAGAAAGCAAACUUAGACAAAGAUUUGUUCAAAAGGCAGGUGUUUUCAGAAUCGAGAUCCAGGUUUUUUUUUUUCUUUUUUUUUUUUUACUUUGUUCUUAUAAAGUUCCAAUAAUUUCUCUUUCCAAGCUAAAUUUUAGAUUUUUUCUGUAGAUAAAAUCAGCUUAGAGGGUGAUUUUUGGUUCCUCAAAGUUUGAUUUUUAAACCAUCUUGGAUUUCAAGGGGGUUGUCUAUUUUAUAAACCUCCUUAAUCCUUUCUGGGCCUGUUCUUAAGUUUUGGUAAGAAACAGGUUUUUUUUUUUUUAAAUUUGGUCUGUUCUUUUCCAAGUUUCAAUCUAUUUUUGCUUUUAAGAGAUGGCAGCUACGAUGGAUUUCUACAGUAGCAGGGCAGUUCCAUCAUAUAUGUAUGGGGGAGAGUUGAUGGAAGCACUUGAACCUUUUAUGAAAAGUGUUUCCUCCUCUUCCUCUUCUUGCCCUUCCCCUUCUUCUUGCUCUUCUUUCUUUUCUCCUCCUCCUCUUCCUUCUACUUCUUACCUCUCUUUCUCUUCUUCCCAAACACAACCCAGUUUUUACCCAGAUGAUUGCUGUUACUCCAUGACAGUUGACCCAUUUUCAGGUCUCCAACAGCAGCAACAACCUCAACCUGAUUCAACAAUUUGUCUGGACAACUUAACCCAAGCUCAGAUCCACCAGAUCCAGGCUCAAUUCCACCUCCAAAGCAACCAACCUAGCUAUCAUUACCAAAAUCCCCAACCCGAUCACGACAGGAACAACAACCAUUUGCUCAGCUUUCUUAGCCCCAAGCCUGUCCCAAUGAAACAGGUGGGUUUACCACCGAAACCCACCAAGCUUUACAGAGGUGUUAGGCAACGUCACUGGGGAAAAUGGGUCGCUGAGAUUCGGCUACCUAAAAACCGGACACGUCUUUGGUUAGGCACUUUUGACACAGCUGAGGAAGCAGCCUUGGCUUAUGACAAAGCAGCCUAUAAACUAAGAGGUGACUUUGCGAGACUCAACUUCCCUAACCUUCGCCACCAUGGUUCCCACAUCGGAGGCGAUUUUGGUGAGUACAAGCCUUUACAUUCCUCUGUUGAUGCUAAGCUUCAAGCCAUUUGUGAAAACAUGGAACAAAAUCAAAAGCAAGGAAACAAGAAAAAAUCAUCAAAGGAGACAGCUGAGAACAAAAGCAAGAACAACAAAGUCCAAGUGGCAGUGCCUGAGCCUGAGGAAAAGACAGUGAAGGUGGAGAACUCAUCGUCAUCCUUGUCUCCGGUUCUAACAGAGAGUGAGGGGUCAGCAGAAUCUUCACCUUUAUCAGAUCUUACAUUCUCGGAUUUCAACGAACAGCCAUGGCCUGAAGUUGUUUCUUCUUCGGAAACAUUUAUGUUGUCCAAAUGCCCUUCUUAUGAGAUUGAUUGGGAUUCUAUUCUAAAAGCCUAAAAAGAGUAUACUUUUCAUUUGCUGUAACAGUCCUUCUGUUGUUCGAGGUUCUUAUUUUUGUGUAUUUCUUCUGUAAGCUCACUGCAAUGGAGUUUUUGGCAGUUGCAGUGGCGAGUGUUUUUAGGUUAUUAUGAGUCUGUGUAUGGUAGGGUUCUUAGUAUUAAUUGUGUAAGCUUUAUGUGUACAGUAAUUAGAGAUCUCCAUUGUGGUCAGCUCGUUUUUUGUCCUGCCGGACCAAGGGAGAAAUUUGUCAGUGUCUAUAAAAGUUGAUAGCUCUUGUAAUUGAAUCUAUUAAAGUUAUUUAUGGUCUUUUUAUGUACUA